CGGGUGUUUUUAUUUUGAUCGAACUCUUUUUAAUUUUGGGUUUAAAUUUUUUAAAAAUUUUCUAAUUUGAAUAAUUUAAUAAUUUAUUUUAAAUGGAUUUGUUUUAUUGGCGAUUCGAUAUUGAAUCUAGCGUUAGAUGGAUCACGGAAAACAAUUUUCAAAGGGUUGCCCUGCAGUUUUGUGAAGAUUUGUACAAGGACUCAAUAAAAAUUUAUCUGGAAAUCAAGAAUAAGUUGCCUCCCUCAACUGAACUGGCAAUAAUUGCUGAUAACAAGUACAACAGUUGUUGUUUGGAUGAAAUCAAUGCAGAACACUUGCGAUCUGACUGUCUCAUUCACUAUGGCGAGGCAUGCUUCUCACCGAACUCCUACAAAACAAAAUUCCCUGUUAAGUAUGUUUUCCCCAAGAAAUCUCUCAAUUUGUCAACAUUCGGUGAAAAUUUGAAGAAAUUUAUGACCAAAAACCCCGAAGAAAUGAUUGCUACAACUCGAUAUGUGGUUGUGUAUGGUCUUGCCUAUCAUUAUCUGAGAGACGAGAUUACAUCAUGCUUCAAAGAACUCAAUGUAUUGUUUCAUUGCCCUAUCAUAGAGGAAUAUUCUGCUGACGAUGGUGACAACCAAACAGCAACAGAUGAGCAUAAAUUUCACCAACAUUUCGUUGGUAGAAAUUUUAAAUUUUCAGCAGAAGACAGAAAAACCAUUAAGAUCAUAUACAUUGGUGGCGAAGAUAGCUUCAUAACCAGUCUCUUGAUGAGGCUUAAUGAGUGUUCAUGUGCCAUUUAUAAAGUUGAGGAAGAUUCGUUUGUUGAUGGCUGGUCUUGCAAUAAGCUGCUGAAGAAAAGAUAUUACAUGGUAGAGAAAGCAAGAGAUGCAAAUUUCAUAGGCAUAAUUGUUUCUACAUUCAGUAACUUUUCUACUCAAGUCAUUGAAAAAUUGAAAACUUCGAUUAGGCAGGUGGGGAAGAGGUAUCGAAUAUAUAGCCCCGGCUCGUUGAAUCCUGCAAAACUGGCAAACGUCAGUGAAUUUGAUGCCUUUGUUUAUGUUUCCUGCCCACUGAAUGCUUUCAUUGAUUGUUCUGACUACCUACAGCCUAUUGUUACACCUUAUGAGAUGUUGUUGGCCUGCAAGAGGACAUUUGCCUGGACUGGUGAUUAUUUACUGGAUCUAGGAGAACUAGCUAGAAAAGUGAACGCGGAUGACGACGACACAUUGGUCGGUGACGUCACGAUGGAUGUUUCACUUAUAACUGGAAGAACCAGGAAGAUAGGGUUGGGAGAAUACGAACAACAGCAACAACAACAACGUCAUCGCAAUAAUAAGAAUAAUAAUAAACGUUCAUGUUGCCAUGGUGACGAAAGUUGUUGCCACAGUGACGAGGAUGGGGAUGUUAAGGAAAUUGCAUGUCUCGGAUCCAGAAGUAUCGCUGCCCAGUCAUCUUAUGGAGAGCACUGGUCCGCACGGUCCUGGAGAGGACUGGAGAUGAAGUUAGGCGAGACGGAUGUCGUUGCUGUAGUUGAUGGCUGCACAGGAAUUCCAACGUCAUAUCAACACGAAUGUAAACAAUGACGUCAUCGUCAACUCGUGUGUGUGUGUGUGUGUGUGUGUGUGUGUGUGUGUGUGUGUGUGUGUGUGUGUAAAUUAUUUCAAAUUAUUUCAUCGUGUUCAGCUGAUGUAUUGUGUUUUAUGAUUGGUUAUUUUUGUCAUUUUUAAAUAAAAAAUGCAUUCUAAAA